UAAUUCAAAAAAAAAUUUUUUUUUUUUUUCUAGUUAAUCUCUUUGCGACGCCAAGAAAGCAGAGCGAAGCAGCAGCGAACAUGGAAAGCACUCUGUUAUCUCUGUCUCGCUUCAUCCCCAUGCCAAAUAAAGGAGGGGGCAGACAUGUAUUAACCACAAUCCAGAGCUCAUUUUACGGCAAAAUGAUAAGUGGACACAGUUGUUUUAGGGGAAGGAAUUAUAAUAGUGUCAGUGGUGGCAACCGAAGCAGUCUCGCGAUCUCUGCCGUGCUGGGAAAGAAAAUCAAGAAAGAGACUGUAGUUCCUGAGGCCGAUUACCGAAUUCCUACUGUUCUUCUUGGUUUUGCUGGAGGCUUAAUCUAUGCAGAUAACCUGUUAGGAGCAGCUCCUGUAGGACUACUUGGGUUGCUCCUAUUAGUCCAGACGACUAGAGUGAGGUUUGUCUUCGAUGAAGAGGCCCUGGAGGUAAAAGUAGGAGAGCAGCUUGAGGAGUCUCGUGAAAAUUUUUUUGUGGGCGGAAAAAAUCGGUGGAAAUACUCAACAUUUGUGAACUGGGAGCUUUGGUGGCCAAAUUUUCCAAUCCUUGUUUAUUUUAAGGAGACGCAAACAAAACCUGACGGACAAAUCCACUUUUUCCCGGUUAUUUUUAAUGGGAAGCAACUCUAUGAUGUUAUGGUGGAAAGGUGUGGCCCUUCACAAACUAGUUCGCCCAAAGACGAGUCCUAAGCCCGGACUUUUCAAGGUAACGAUGAGCCUUAGGAGUCUUCCUGUAAAAUUGUGAAAGGUGGAAAUAAUUCAGUAGCAACAUGUAAUUUCACUUCAUGUCACAAUAGAUUUCUUUUCGCCUUCAAGACAUCUGCUGGUAUUUAUUGGAUACCUAGGCUUCAAAUUGAGUCUACCUUUUAGGCUUAUUUUCUGCUUUUGAACCAUGCUAUUCAAAAAAAGCUUAUCGAGAUCAUUGUUGAACUUGAUAGCUAGUCUGACCGUACACUCAAACCAUAUGCUAGUAUACUGAUAUGCUUUGUACUAUCCACUUAGGACCACGGCUACCUUCUUUAAUGCUUGUAAAUCGUCUCUCUGUGAAUUGCAAAA